CUGACAUCAACCAGCGGGCUUUUUUUUAUGUCAGGAAAAGUCAACAAAGGCAACAUUUUCUGUGCUUCAAUCAAUAAUUAUUUAUUUCUAACAUUUUUUUGCAGUUUACGAUUUUUUUUCGUCGUUGUUGUUGUUGAACCCCAGCAAGCCCUGAAAUGCGUGCAUUUUUUGGCCGUGUUUGUUAGUCCAUGCUUUCCGCGGGGGGCUCCCUGGUCUUGUGGAUUAUCCGUGUGGAGGCUGCCGAGGCAGUCGCGUGGUCGCGGCCGGGAGGAGGGCCCUCUUCGCCGGAUGGAUGCGAGUGAAGCGGCGGCGUCGAAAUGAUGCCCAGCAGGUCUCGUCGGCAGCGGGCGAACUCCUCUUGAAUGUCCGGGCUCUGUCGCCCCCCACCAACACGCACCAUAUUUCCUCCCACCUCAAACAUUUUAUUCCUUGAAAACUGGACGCCGCCGGAGUAGUUUAUGACGACCCUGGUAGGAGCGUGAUGAGCGCGCGCUUCCGCUUGCCUGCUGGCAGAUCCUACAAUGUCCGGGCGACGGAGCUGGAGCGAGACAGGCACCACACACAGGUUGUGUGCAACAUACUGCUACUGGACAACACUGUCCAGGCUUUUAAAGUCUGCAAGUCCGAUCAUGGGCAGAUCUUGCAAGAUGCUGUCUUCAAGCACCUGGAGCUGACUGAAAGAGACUACUUUGGCCUGUACUUGGCAGAUGACUCCUCGGAUACCCCGCGCUGGCUCGAUCCCAACAAGCCCAUCAGGAAGCAGUUAAAAAGAGGGUCCCCCCACAACUUGAGUUUCAGAGUCAAAUUUUUCGUGGCAGAUCCCGGUAAACUUCAGGAAGAAUACACGCGGUACCAAUAUUUUCUUCAGAUCAAACAGGACAUCUUAACUGGAAGAUUGCCCUGUCCACACAACACAGCCGCACUUCUGGCUUCCUAUGCUGUUCAAUCUGAAUUGGGGGACUACAAUGAGACGGAGCAUCCUUUGGGUUAUCUGUCUGACUAUUGCUUCAUAUCCAACCCCCCACAAGACUUCCAUAAAGAGGUCGCCAAACAUCAUCAACAGCACAGUGGUCUAUCUCCUGCCCAGUCGGAGUUUAAUUAUCUGAACACAGCACGCACGCUAGAGCUCUACGGGGUAGAGCUGCACUAUGCAAGAGACCAGAGUAACACGGAGAUACUUAUCGGGGUGAUGUCAGCCGGCAUCGUCAUUUAUAAGAACAGGGUACGGAUCAACUAUUUCCCAUGGUUGAAAAUCGUGAAAAUCUCCUUCAAGUGCAAACAGUUCUUCAUCCAGUUGAGGAAAGAGACAAGUGAGACGCGGGAGACUCUGCUUGGUUUCAACAUGGUGAACUACCGAGCCUGUAAGAACCUUUGGAAGGCCUGUGUGGAACACCAUACCUUCUUCAGACUGGAACGACCCAUCCCACCUCAGAAGAACUUCUUCUCGCAUUAUUUCACCCUGGGUUCAAAGUUUAGAUACUGUGGGAGGACGGAGGUGCAGUCUGUCCAGUAUGGAAAGGAGAAAGGCAUCAAGGACAGGGUGUUUGCCAGAUCUCCGAGCAAGCCCUUGGCCAGGAAGUUGUUGGGUGGAUCGGACUGGGAGACGGUGAGCAGGAACAGCCUAUCAGAUGAAAGACUGGAGACUCAGAGCCUGCCGACCCGCUCGCCGCCUGGGACACCCAAUCAGAACUCCCUGUUUACACAAGACGGCACGCGGCUACGCCCCUCGUCUGUCGGCCACCUGGUGGAUCAUGUGAUACACACGUCGCCCAGCUUGCCCGUCUUCUCCUCCAAUCACAAGUCGGCCUCCUCCACGCAAGCCAACAGUAUCAGCUUGGACUCCACACCCUCUCCCGAUGGCGUGGACGGCCUGCCUCCAGCUCUGCCCCCCAAGCAGCUGAGCAGGAAGACCUUGAGCCAGAUCAUCCAGGCCCACUCGCAGCAGAGUCUCCUGGACAACCACCUCAACGAGAUGUACGAUGUUCCUGCCAAUACUGACAAGACCACGCUGAAUGGAAUUGUUCCUCAUGAUAAUCUGGUCUUGAUCAAAAUGAGGCCUGAUGAACAUGGACGUUUUGGCUUCAACGUUAAGGGUGGAGCUGACCAGAAGAUGCCAAUCAUUGUAUCCAGAGUAGCUCCAGGAACAUCAGCUGACCUGUGUGUGCCACGUCUGAAUGAAGGUGACCAGGUCGUCUUAAUUAAUGGGCGGGACAUCUCCGACCACACCCACGACCAGGUUGUAAUGUUCAUCAAGGCCAGCUGCGAGAGCCACUCUGGAGAACUCAUCCUGCUGGUGCGACCAAAUGCAAUCUACGAUGUGGUGGAGGAGAAGGUGGACUCCGAACCAGAUUUCCAGUACAUCCCAGAGAAGUCCCCUCAGGACCCCACUCAGCUCGACCAGCAUGCUUUGAGGGAUUCUAUGGUAACCCUGAAGGAGGGUCUGAGCAGUGGGGCCAUACUGGCCCAGUUUGACCAACUGUACAGGAAGAGGCCCGGGAUGACCAUGCUGUGUGCCAAAUUACCUCAGAACAUUUCCAAAAAUCGCUACAGAGACAUCUCUCCUUAUGAUGCCACGCGGGUCAUUCUGAAAAGCACAGAUGACUACAUCAAUGCAAAUUACAUAAAUAUGGAGAUUCCUGCCUCCAGUCUCAUAAACCGCUACAUCGCCUGCCAGGGUCCCUUGCCCAACACCUGUCCGGACUUCUGGCAAAUGACCUGGGAGCAGGGAUCAUCUAUGGUGGUCAUGCUGACAACGCAAGUCGAGAGGGGACGGGUCAAGUGCCAUCAGUACUGGCCCAACCCAGACAGCAGCGCCUCCUACGGAGACUUCACUGUCACGUGCCACAACGAGGAGGGCAACUCCGCCUUCCUGGUCCGGGAAAUGAGCCUGGUGCACCUACAGAGUGAGGAGCUGAGAGAGCUGACCCAGAUCCAGUACGUGGCAUGGCCCGAUCACGGCGUCCCCGACGACUCCACGGACUUCUUGGACUUUGUGGCUCUGGUCCGCAGCAAAAGGACAAGGCAAGACCAGCCAAUGGUUGUACACUGCAGUGCUGGCAUUGGUCGGACGGGGGUUCUGAUCACCAUGGAAACUGCUUUGUGUCUCAUGGAGUGUGGCCAGCCAGUGUGCCCGCUAGAGAUCGUGAGGACCAUGAGGGAUCAGAGAGCCAUGAUGAUACAAACACCUAGUCAGUACCGCUUUGUGUGCGAGGCCAUCCUGAGGGUCUACGAGGAGGGUCUGGUCCGACCGCUGACGCCCACCGUCUACCAUCUACGAGAGACGGGCGACGGCGAGGAGGAUGAGGAGAUGAAAGGAUCGAGAGAAGACACAUGGGAGGAAGAGGAGGUGGCGGAGCUGCUGGAAGGAGGUCUGGACGAGGAGGACGACGACGACGACGACGAGGAGGUGGAGGUGCUGGACGUGGGGGAGGUGACGGAGGAGGAGCUCAGCGUUGCUAGCGCCGCCAGCGUGAGCAGCGACACCAGCGUGAACCCCGAGCCCGACCCCGCCGACCCGUGACGUUUGACCCCGCGGGGUCACUUUAGGGGACCCAGGAAGAGGCGAGAACAAAGGCACUGUUGCACUUUAUCACAAAAAACGGAACAAAAUAGAAGAACUGGAAAAUCACAGAUUUGUUUUUGAAAAAGAGGCGAUGCAGCUGUGCGGUGCAGGUACCAUUAGAGGGCGCUGUGUUCAGGGUCGACUACGACGUCAACACGGAGCGCCCAUGUGCCAUAAAAGUACGAAGGGGAAGGGCUGUCCCAUGGAUGGAAAGCUUCCCCCCCUCCUCCAUUUUUUUUUUUUUUUUUAGUCCUUUUAGUGGAUACAUCUUUUGUUCCUGCGAGAGUAUUUAUUGUGUUUUAGUUGCUGUCAAACCCUCUCCACUGUUUUUUUUAAACUAGUACAUUCUUAGGAUUCCUCUUCGCUGCGAGGAUUGAAUUCACUGUGGCGCUCUCUCCUCAACGUUCCUGCUGGACACGGGGAAAGACAAUUAUUUGGAUCGCGGCUUUUUUGCUCCUCGCGUCGCGUCUUCCGGCCGACAGACGUCACGAACAAAGCGGGUUUACGUUCAAGUGAGCGCUUUAAAUCGUAGACGUAAACCCUGCCCCACGCCUACCGAACAGUGAAAGUCGGACUUCCAUCGAGCUCCCUGAGAGUUGAACAAAAGUAGUCCCGAGUUGUGGUAGCAGAGCGUUUAAAACAGGUCAGACCUGGCAAGUUUAUUAAGAAAUCUGGCCCGCCUUUAAGUUCAUUUUAAAUAUCAGAGUUUGCCUCCAUCUUGUGGACAGCAUGAGUACUUCUAGUCAAUGACCAUGAAAUGUCAGCAGCACAACAUUUACUUAUAUGACCCGAUCCAAACAACCGUCCCCAGUCACGGUGACCAACACAAAAGGUCAACACACACAUUACACAACCUGCUCACUGAACUGUGUGGUUAUUAGGAAAAACAUCCACGCACUUAAC